ACACAGGAAGAUCCAGUCUGAACGUGCAAGGUCACUGCUUCGUGACCGGACAAGUUCUUCCAGGUUGUCAUUCAAGACCGACCAAAACCUCCGCUGCCUCCUCCCAUUUCCCGGAGCUCCGCGGUUGAACCGGUAGUUUGGGUUGAAAAGGAACAACACCCGGAAACACUGAAGACUCGUCGGUCUGCAGCAGCUGGUCGUUGCGGGGUCUGCGGGGCUGGCGCGGUUUGAGACACAAAUCAAAGUCAAAGGUGCAAGGAUGGACACCCAUAGCCAGGUUGUGGACAGGUUGCGGGUGGCGUUUCGGUCAGGCGUCACAAUCCAAGAGCAGUUUCGACGAACACAGCUGAACAACCUCAUAUCAAUGUUGAAGGAAAACGAGGAACAGAUUAUAAAUGUGCUGCACAAAGACCUCGCCAAGCCAAAGUUUGAAGUCGUCCUGUCCGAGGUUGAUAUUGUGAUCAAUGAGCUCUACUUUGCCAUCGCUAACUUGAAAAGCUGGAUGAAGCAGGAGUAUGUCUCUAAAAACCUGGCCACAAAGCUGGAUGACUGUUUUGUACGGAGAGAACCAUUAGGAGUUGUUUUAAUCAUUGGGGCUUGGAACUACCCCCUGCAACUUCUUAUCUUACCCAUGGUUGGAGCCAUUGCAGCAGGAAACUGUGUGAUCGUCAAGCCUUCAGAGAUCAGUGCUGCCACAGCAAAUCUGAUAGCAGAACUCAUCCCCAAGUAUCUGUCUCAGGACUGUUAUGCAGUUGUUCAGGGUGGAGCAGAGGAGACCAAAGCACUUCUGCAGAACCGCUUUGACCACAUCCUUUACACAGGUUCUCAGAAUGUGGCACGCAGUAUCCUGCAGGCAGCUGCAGUCCACUUGACUCCAGUGACCUUGGAGCUGGGUGGCAAGUGCCCGUGCCUCAUAUAUGGUCAGGUGAACCUCGCAGCUACUGCUCGCCGCUUGGUGUGGGCAAAGUAUUUCAACUCUGGCCAGAGUUGCGUAGCGCCGGACUACGUGCUGUGUUCACCGGCUGCACGGGACGCCCUGCUUCCUGAACUGCGUAUAGCCAUAAAGGAUUUCUAUGGCGAGGAGCCUCAAGCCUGUCCCGACCUGUCCCGCAUCGUGUCCCUCCGACACUGGACGCAUGUGAUGGAACUGCUCGGGAGGUCCAAAGGCAAAGUUGUUGUGGGAGGAGAGAGCGACCAGGAGGACAAGUACAUAGACACUUUCUACAUCCAGACACUAGGCUGA